AGCGUCAGCUGGCUUAUUGCUUGGAGGCGCCAAUGCACGGUUCGAAGCCAGAAGCCGAAGCCAACACAACCUCCAUUUUCUGGAUGCUCGAAAGGAAUUAGACUAGUUGGUGCCGACACAUUGACGCUGUUGUUGCUGCAGAGAAGGCGUUUGAAAUCAGACGUCUCAGGAAGAUGGACAUCCAUAAAGCGGAUAUUGGCGACUACAAGCCGGGUUCCGUCACCCAUGUGAAAUUGAAAAACUUCCUUACUUACACUCAUGUGGAGUUCUCUCCUGGUGCAAGGCUCAACAUGGUCAUUGGAGCCAAUGGAACGGGAAAAUCAACCAUUCUCUGUGCGCUUUGUCUGGGUCUGGGAGGUGAACCCAAGUUGCUGGGCCGUGCCGAUGAUGUCCGCUCCUUUAUCAUGCAUGAAAAGAAGGUGGCUACCAUUGAACUCACGUUGGCUCCACUACCAGGAAAGCCGGUCCACGUCUUGAAGCGAAAGAUUGACCGCGAAAAAGGAAGCGAACGGGGUAAUGGAAGAGGAUCAUCCACCUUUUACAUUAAUGAUCAAAAGUGCAAGCUCAGUGAUGUGCAGGAACUGGUCAAAGGGACCUACAAAGUCAUGGUCGAAAAUCUAUUGAGCUUUUUGCCGCAGGACAAGGUUGGCAGCUUUAGUGGUUUUGGCCCCAAGGAACUCCUGGAAGAAACCGAAAAGGUCCUGGCGGGAGACCAAAGGAUUUACAAGGAGCACGUGAGCCUUAUCGAAGCAGAGCAGGAAUUGAGCUCCGGGGACCACAAUGUUGGGACCAUUCAAGCCAAGCUCGAAAAACUCAUGGCCGAAAGGCAGCGAUUUGAGCGUGAAAAGGAGCGAAUGGAAGAGCGCGAACAAGCCGUUCAACAAGUAGACCUCCUCAAAAAGAGUCUUCUCUGGAAACAAUACAACAAGCUGCAAGGGGAAGUCAUCGACUUGAAAAAGGAGAAGAACCAGGCCAAGCAGGACUUCAAAGAAGCCAGAGAGGAGCUGCAGCCAUUGGAGGAGGAAGCACAGGAAUAUGAUGCCCGCAAAGCCGAAAUCGAGGCCAAUAUUAAGAAGCUAGACCAGCAAUCCAAGCGCUACCAGCAAGAAAUGAACAAGAGCGAACAAAAGCACGAGAACUUUGACGAUGCCAUUGAAAAUAUCAUGACUGAGCUCCGGAUGGUUGAAGCGGAGCGAGCCCGAAGAAUUGCACAGAACGAGGCAGCAAAGAAAAAGGUCCAAGACAUUGAAGGGCACUUGUCUGAGAUUCGCUCACAACAAGAUAUUGAAAAGGAGUACACGGAAGCGACGCAAGAAAAGAGAUCGGCACACCGAGUUGUGCAGAGUGCUCGACAGGAAGUGGGUCGCCUCCAGCGCGAUUUCAAUGAGUUGAGUUCAAAGAAUGACAAUCUCGCUGGUGAACUUGCCAGGUUGAACGACGAAAAAACACAACGUCGUGAACGCAUCCAUCACAAGAAUCCGCAGGUUGGGAAGAUUAUGAAAUGGCUGGACGAAAACCGCAAACUGUUUCGCCAUGAGGUCUUUGGACCCGUUGCAUACGAAGUCUCCUCAAACUCCAAGAACGCGGCUGCCUUUCUGGAGGCCCACAUCCCGAGAAAUCUGUUGUAUUCAUUUAUUGUCAGCGACAAGGCCGAUUACGAUCUUCUCUUUGCAAAAGUACGCGGAGAACUGAAGUUGCCAAUCAGCAUCAAUCUUGUCAGAGGUGAGCGGGAGCUGAAACGUCCGUAUGGAGAUGCCAAGUAUGAGAAGCUGAAGAGUGACUAUGGCGUGAUUGGCUACCUCGACGAGUCCAUUACCGCCCCCGAACCCGUCAUGCAGGCGUUGCGAAGCUUUGCUCAAGUCCACAGAGUGCUGAUUGGAGGGGAAGAGACUCAAAAAAGCCUGGACGAACGUGGGCUGCUCGACUUCCUUUCCGCUCCCGAUAAGUCGCUCAAUCAACAUGGCAAGCAGCAGAGCUGCAUUUUUGCUUGCUCGAGGAACAGGACCAAGAAGUAUACACAGUCAGUUUCGCGCUACAGCAAGGACAUUAGUAGCCGAAUUGAUGACGUUGAUCAAGCUAGGGUGCUGGCCCCAGGUGUCGACCCACAAGUCAAGGCCGACCUCGAGGCCCAACUCAAAACAAUCCACGAUGAAAUCAAUGUGGUUCGCCCUGCCCUCCAGGACGCAGAAAAGAAGAAGCACGAUGCAGAGCAGCACGGGCAGCAAGUUUCGAUGCGUGCGCAAAAGGCGAAGGAGUCGAAGGAAAUGCUAGCCAAGCUUCAACACAAACUAACCAACGCAGAAGCCAAGCUGAAGGCUACUGAAGAGGAUCUGGAACAAGACGACGAAAACACCAAAAGAGAGCUCGCACAGAAGAUGAUGACGAAGGUCGCCGAAAGCAUCACGGCAUUGGAACACCAUCAAAACGCCCAUGAGAAACUUCUCCAAGCAACCUACGCGAGCGCUGGAGUUCGAAUUAAUCGGGAUGCGGUUGCCUUCAAGUCCCGGAAGAUCAAUGAGUUGUUGCUGCAGAAGAAAACUAACAUCGACCAGCUUGAAAAGGAUGCUCAGGAGAAACAAAAUCUAUUUCAUGUGAAGAAGAUUGAGUUGAAAAAACUGAAGGAGCAUAAUGACAAGGAAGCUCCACUGUAUGACGAAGAGGGCAACCCAACGUCUUUGAUGAACGAAAUGGAAAAAUUAGAAAACCUCGAUUCCAUUGAAGAUGUUGAAGCUGCGAUCGAAGAUAAGCAGGCGAUUGUGGACUCAUAUCACCACGAUCCCAAUGCCAUCCGACAAUACAAAAAGAACUUGGCUGAUAUCGAACAAGUGGAAGCUCAGCUGGAGCAGGUCAUGGGCUCGAAAGAAGCGUUGGAUCGGAAAAUCCAAACGAAGCUCACCCCGUGGAAGGAAACACUGGAAAAGUCUUUGUCUCAAGCCAACACUCUGUUCUCCAACUACAUGGAAGAAGUUGGUUGCACGGGCGAGGUGCGACUCCGGAAGGGGGGCGAGUCUGGGAACGAAGAUUGCGACUUCAAGAAUUGGGGAGUCGAGAUUCGUGUAUCGUUCAGAGAGGGGGUAAAAGCCCAAGUCUUGUCGGCUCAGGUUCAAUCGGGCGGUGAACGUAGUGUUUCGACGAUCAUGUAUCUCAUGGCUCUGCAGGAAAUGAUGGUGACACCGUUUCGAUGCGUUGACGAGAUCAAUCAGGGACUGGAUGAGAAGAACGAGCGACUUGUUUUCAAGCGCAUUGUUUUGAACUCGUGUCAGCCACCCAACUCGGACGACGCAACCGAUCACUGUGGGCAGUACUUUUUGAUCACGCCGAAGCUGCUUCCAAAUCUCAAGGAUAUGGAACACCCAGCAGUCACUGUUCUGCUUGUCAUGAACGGGCCCUUCAAUUUUGCCUCGCCCACCGACUUCAAUGUCGAUGAACUCGUCAAGAAACGGCGCAACUAUGCAGCAAACGAUGAAGACGAGAAUCAAGCGGAUAGCAACAAGCAGCGCUCAGGACAGCGCAAAAAGAAGCGUCGCUCUAGCUAGUCUUGAUAUCACUACUUAGGAAGCUUACAUAAAGUGUUGGCUAUUGCAAGAUGCUGAAUACGGUGU